AUAUAUAGAUAGGUAUACACACGGUGAAGCCUUGUUCCACCAACGCCCUUCCAACACCACACAGACACACCCCUGACGACCAACCGUUGAGGAAAAGAAAGCGAGGGAAAAUUCUGACUUGUUCCCCCAGUCGACUCGGUCCUUGACUCACUCCAUAACUUUCAUAGAUCGACUGUGAUCUGAGGAUAAACACAACCAUCUCAGGAUGAAGGCACUUAUUCUCGUUGGAGGGUUUGGGACACGAUUGAGGCCUCUGACUCUUAGUGUCCCAAAGCCACUUGUUGAUUUCGCUAACAAACCUAUGAUCCUUCAUCAGAUUGAAGCUCUCAAGGCCAUUGGAGUGAGUGAAGUGGUUCUUGCUAUAAAUUACCAACCGGAGAUUAUGCUGAAUUUCUUGAAGGACUUUGAGACGAAGCUUGGGAUCAAGAUCACUUGCUCACAGGAGACUGAACCACUUGGCACUGCUGGUCCCCUGGCUCUGGCUAGAGACAAACUGAUAGAUGAAUCUGGUGAGCCAUUCUUUGUCCUUAACAGUGAUGUCAUCAGUGAAUACCCCCUGAAAGAGAUGAUUGAAUUCCACAAAUCCCAUGGAGGGGAGGCUUCCAUAAUGGUAACCAAGGUAGAUGAGCCUUCAAAAUAUGGUGUCGUCGUUAUGGAAGAAUCAACAGGACAAGUAGAGAGAUUUGUUGAAAAACCAAAAUUGUUUGUGGGUAACAAGAUCAAUGCUGGGAUUUACCUUCUGAACCCAUCUGUUCUUGAUCGAAUUGAGCUAAGGCCUACCUCAAUCGAGAAAGAGGUCUUCCCAAAAAUUGCAGCAGCAAAAAAACUGUAUGGGAUGGUCCUACCUGGUUUUUGGAUGGACAUUGGGCAGCCAAGAGAUUACAUCUCUGGCUUGAGACUAUACCUAGACUCCUUGAGAAAGAAAUUUUCUUCCAAAUUAGCUUCUGGACCUCAUAUUGUAGGAAAUGUUCUGGUGGAUGAGAGUGCUAAAAUUGGUGACGGAUGCUUGAUUGGGCCUGACGUUGCUAUCGGCCCUGGUUGUGUGGUUGAGUCAGGGGUUAGACUCUCUCGCUGCACGGUAAUGCGUGGAGUCCGCAUCAAAAAACAUGCAUGCAUCUCAAGUAGUAUCAUCGGCUGGCACUCCACCGUUGGGCAGUGGGCUCGUGUAGAAAACAUGACUAUCCUUGGAGAGGAUGUUCACGUUUGUGAUGAAAUUUACAGCAACGGGGGUGUGGUUCUGCCGCACAAAGAGAUCAAAUCUAACAUUUUGAAGCCAGAAAUUGUGAUGUGAAGGUAUGUUGUUGGAUCUGUUUUAGGGGUUAGUAAGUUAUAUUGUGUUUGAUAUUUGAGAAUGUGUUCAUUAUUUUUCCUUUGCUUUUUAAUUUCCUCCUUUUCAAGUGUAAAAGUCAGUCUCAAGGAGUCUCGAGUGAUUUAAGCUUUGAUGGUGAAAGGUCAACGUCUGUUGUGAAGGGUAUAAAUAUGAUCACUGGUUUGUAACAUGUAAUCUUUAUAUUGUAUAUAGAAAUAAAUUAUCAGACACUCUCUCUGGUUUUUCGUUAAUGGCCAAGUUGGAGCAUAGAUUUUUGUGUAUUACCUGAUUGGCAUUUU